AUGGCAGACUUCCUGCGGGAGAAACAGGUGGCCGGCCUGCGGCAGAUGGAGAGGCGAGUGGGAGAGCGUGCGUCCGUUUGCCUUCUGCUGCUCUGCUCGCUCUCACAGGCUCUGUGCCAGCAGUGCGGGGGUCCGUGCUCCUGCCCGUUGUCUGCGCCCUGUGUUCCGCGGGUCCUGGAUGGGUGUGGCUGCUGCCAGGUGUGUGCCAGUCAGCGUGGCGAGGCCUGCAAUGAGAAGCUGGUGUGCGACGCCCGGCGGGGUUUGCAGUGCGACCACAGCGCCAGCUAUCCUGGCGGCCCCGGGCAGUGUGUCGGCCAAGACGAGCUGGGCUGCGAGCUGAACGGUGUGACGUACGAGGAGGGUCAGGUGUUCCUGCCCUCCUGCGGCCUCCGGUGCCAGUGCGCGGGAGGGGGCGUGACCUGCGUGCACCUGUGUAGCGAUGGCCUGAGGCUGCCCAGCCCGGACUGCCCCAACCCCCGCUACCUUCAGCUAGCGGGGAAGUGCUGCAAGGAGUGGGUGUGUGAAAACUCAGGGCUACACGGCGCUUUGGCGGGUUCGUAUCGCGCUGCUCUGGGAACCAGUUCUGACUGCAUAGAGCAGAGCACCCUGUGGGGCGCCUGCUCUCACAGCUGCGGCCCAGGGGUCUCGACCCGCGUUUCUAACGGAAACCCGGCCUUCCGCCUGGAGACACAGACCCGUCUGCCAUGCCCUCUCCCGGGCCACUCCCACGCCUUCAUGGCCUCGGGCUGGUGUGAGCCUAGUUACCGGGCGGCCUUUCCCGUGAGGCUGGAGCACCAGGGCUGCUUGAGCGCGCGUUUGUACAGGCCCCGGUACUGCGGCCACUGCCCUGAGGGGCGCUGCUGCAGCCCCCGCCGAACCCACACCAUCCCGGUGGCCUUCCGUUGCCCCCGGGGGCGCCUGCUACGCCACACGGUUAUGGCAAUCGAGUCCUGCGCCUGCCACUAAAACUGCCCCCGUCCAUACACCCCGGCUCGCGUAGCCCCCCAGGGGCCCCACACAACCCUUUUAGAGGGCCCCGGUCCCUCGACAAAGGAGGUCCCUUAA